GUUUUUCUGAUAAAUUUGACAUACUGUAUUUUCUUACUUUUACCUUUAUAUUUUUAUCGAAUUUAUUAUUUGUAAAUGAAUUUGUAAAACGUAUACAAUGUCUAAAGUAAAUAAAGAGCUAUCACAUAUGAUAUUGAAACAUGACGACGAUUCCUCCGUAGAGGUGCCUGUUAGCGACUGGUCUUCUAUGAUCAAUGAAGGUCCCGGAGAAAACCCCAAAUAUGCCUUAUACGCUAAGGGCUUAUACCGACCUGACAGCGGCGAGAUAUGCGCCAAACAUAUCGCUAUGUCUGCAAGCUCUAUACUCAUACAUCCUUAUUACCAUUACCCGGCUAUUCCUGAUCCAGGAAUUAAAGCAGCUAUAUUAGAACCAGAAGAGAAAGUUACGUAUACAGAUGACGGACAAGCCAAAUAUUUAGCCGCUUGCAAAGACAUGAAUCAGUACGUAGUUGAAACUUUCUAUAAAGGACUAUUAAAGGAUAAAAUAGAUCUAAAGUAUUAUUGUGUUGAUCCUUAUGGUGUAAAAGCUAUGGCGAUGGCUCUACGAAAUAAUCGAAAUGUCACAUGCAUAGAUUUCACCGAUAAUUUUCUCAACGAUGACGCUUGUUUUCAUUUGGGUGAAAUGUUAGUAACAAAUUUAGUAAUGCGAGAAUUAAAUUUGACUGGUUGUAGAAUAGGAGCAAGUGGUGUGAAACGUUUGAUGGCCAAUUUGCCAACGAAUCGCUCUCUUCGAUAUUUAAAUCUUAGCAAAAAUAGAUUAGGCGAUGAAGGCGUAAAGUACAUUCUAGAUGGUUUUAUACGUGGGCUCGAAUUGCCGCGUCUGAUUUUAAGAUACAACGAUCUAACCGGUGUAGCUGCUAACUACUUGAACGAAGCAUUAGAAACGUAUGAUCAAUUUACACAACUGGACCUUUCCUGGAAUAAGUUCUCCCUUAUCCCUUACAACACAUUUCAUAUGCUGCUUCAGUUGAGUAAUUGUGAUAAUCUCGAAGAUUUGAAUUUAUCAUGGAAUGCACUUUCUGGUCCUCGCAUUGGAUCCGCAAUUAAAGCAGUUAUGUCAGCUAGGAAACUUAAAAAAUUGGAUAUCAGCAACAAUAGAUUCGCUGACGACGCUAUAGAUGAUAUUGCAGAUGGUAUGUGGACCGCGAAAAAGUUGAUAACUCUCGAUGUAUCGUAUAACCCUAUGUCAGUAAAUGACGCUUUAAAAUUCAUUGGAAAGAUGAAAUUCGGAAAGGUUAAAGUACAAAAUCUUUUAAUGGAAAAUGUAAUAGUUGAUUCAAAUUUCCUGCAGCAAUUACGUCACGUUAAAAAAAUUAAGAAGAAAGUUAUUGUCACACAUGGAGACGUCGUUGAAAGUACUAAGCCGCGAGAUCCUGAUAUGAGAGAGAUUGUGUUAAAUAGAGCUGAUUUCUUGACGAAAAAACAAAAGAAGGUACAAACAGAUAUAGCUCUUUUAGCACAGCAGCUUGUUAAAGAUAGUCGGACGAAAAUGAACUCUAAAGCAUUCCUUGAAGUUGUAGAAGCAUCUGGGUUACCUUUAAAUGAUGACCUUGUAAAUGAGAUCAUAAACGCCUUCCCCGGACCGAAAUCCGGAAAAGGUAGAAGCAUUGAUGUUAGUUUGUUAGUUGAUUUUGCGAAAAGAAAAUGGCCAGAUCGUAAGCUACCUCCCACACCACCUCCGGAAAUUGUUGAACCCGUUGUUGAACCUGAGCCAGAGCCACCACCACCACCAAAAGGUAAAGCAGCUAAAGGUGGCAAGAAAAAGAAAUAAGUUUUUAUGUGUAUUUUACAUAAAUUUAUUUUUAGAUAUGUAUAUUAAUAUUUUCAAUUC